AUGCGGGUAACACAUAUCCUUGGUUGGCUCGCGUGGUCGCUACAUGCCUCAGCGACUAUUCUGCAAAAUGGCCAGGAGAGGGAAGACCCGUGGCCGGGACAGGCGCCCGUGAUCACGCUGGACGACAACUGGAAAACAUACGAGGCGGAUGCGCCGGAGAUCGCUUUUAAAGGCCGCUGGGAUAGCCAACAUGGUGGUCGUUCGUCUUCCCCAGACUUUCCCCUCCCCCUUGCGACCUUUACUAACGACGAUCCUGACAUCAGAGCGCCGGGGAUUAAAACAGAAUUCACUGGAAAUAAGCUUGCUGUGAGCUUCGGGCCCAGUACCAACGAUGGCGCCCUCGUCGCCUACCGUGUUGGAAACCUUGACUGGCAGUAUUCCAAUGUCACUGCCGAUUCCACCUAUCAAUUUAUAGGGGACGACUCAGAACUUGGAGAGGUACCUGCGGAUACCGGCAAGGUGUUUGAGAUGCGAGUUCAGAUUGCUAGCGUCUCGUCGGCGGGUGACGCGCAUCUUAACGUCCCGCCACGGUUCGAGAAGAAGGUUGAGGUUAUCGGUGGAUCCGUCGCCGCAGGACAGUACGGAACUUACGAGACACUCUCGUCGUGGUCAUGGUUGUUUGUCGCCGGCCUGGGCAAUGUCGAGCACACUUUAACGGCCUACCCUGGCGUAUGCCUCGUUGAUAAGCAAUGCUAUGGUGGUCAAUCACACGGCAUAGGCUGGUACUGGCAUAGGGCAUCCGAUCCAGGAAGCCGUGCUCGUGCCACUUAUGGCGAUGAGCCCGAAAAAUUCGACGUGAAGGGUGACCAGGCCACGGAUCUGUUCCUCAUUCAGAUGGGAGGAAACGACCACCGACACCCCAACGAAAUCCCCGGUCGCAAUUACUACCAUGGCUAUAUCGAGUUGAUUGAUGACCUUCACCAAACACACCCACAUGCUACUGUUCUCCUCGUGUCCCAAUGGGGCUCGUGGAAGCAAGAUGGCCUAUCUUUCGUCCCGAGCGAGGUCUAUGAGGAUGAACACCGUGCUAUUCACGAACAUUACAAGGACCAAGGGUUCGUCUACUAUUUUAGUACCAAGGGUAUCUUGCAACACAACGAUAUCAACCCUAAGAACCACCCGACCGAUGUCGGCCACAUCAAGCUCGCAAGCCAUCUGCUACAAUGGGUUAGGUUGGUUUUGAGAUGGGAGCUUGAACCUCUUGGAGAGGUUACCCAUGGAACUCUCUACUGGAACAACCAGCAAGAGUAUUAG